GUAGGUCGUGGGCUCGUCCCAGUCUCGGGCGCCGGCUCUGGCAGCUGAGUUUGGGAACUAAGUGAUUUUUUUCCCAAAGGUAAAUAAAUGGCUGGCGUGGAAGCGUAACGCGCCCCCAACUCUUCGGAUUUAUGCCUGCUUCAUUCUUGCACACUGGGACUCAUGAUCGUCAUGCUGUGAUGUGUGCCGAGGAAGCAGUCGAUCACCUACACCACCUGGAUCUCACCGCAUUUUGGACAUGACUGAGACUCUUCAAUGGGCCAGAUAUCACUGGCGGCAGCUGGUCAGUGGUACAACUAGGGACAAUGAUGAGAGACCUUAUAACUACUCCUCACUGCUUGCCUGCGGGUGCAAGUCCUCUCAGACCCCCAAACUGGCAGGAAAGCACCGGGUGGUUGUUCCCCACCUCUGGCCCUUCAAAGACGAGUACGAAAAGUUCUCAGGAGCCUAUGUGAAUAACAGAAUACGAACAACAAAGUACACUCUUCUGAAUUUUGUGCCAAGAAAUUUAUUUGAACAAUUUCACAGAGCUGCCAAUUUAUAUUUCCUGUUCCUAGUUGUCCUGAAUUGGGUACCUUUGGUAGAAGCCUUCCAAAAAGAAAUUACCAUGCUGCCUCUGGUGGUGGUCCUUACAAUUAUCGCAAUUAAAGAUGGUUUGGAAGAUUACCGAAAAUACAAAAUUGACAAACGGAUCAACAAUUUAGUAACUAAAGUUUACAGUAGGAAAGAGAAAAAAUACAUUGACCAAUGCUGGAAAGAUGUUACUGUUGGGGACUUUAUUCGCCUCUCCUGUAACGAGGUCAUUCCUGCGGAUAUGGUAUUACUCUUUUCCACUGAUCCUGAUGGAAUCUGUCACAUUGAGACUUCUGGGCUUGAUGGAGAGAGCAACUUAAAACAGAGGCAGGUGGUUCGGGGAUAUGCAGAGCAGGACUCUGAAGUUGAUCCUGAGAAGUUCUCCAGUAGGAUAGAAUGUGAAAGUCCAAAUAAUGAUCUCAACAGAUUCCGAGGUUUCCUAGAACAUUCCAGCAAAGAACGUGUGGGUCUCAGUAAAGAAAAUUUAUUGCUUAGAGGAUGCACCAUUAGAAACACAGAGGCUGUUGUGGGCAUUGUGGUUUAUGCAGGCCAUGAAACCAAAGCAAUGCUGAACAACAGUGGACCACGGUAUAAACGCAGUAAAUUAGAAAGAAGAGCAAACACAGAUGUCCUCUGGUGUGUCCUGCUUCUGAUUAUAAUGUGUUUAACUGGUGCAUUAGGUCAUGGAAUCUGGUUGAGCAGAUACGAAAACAUACACUUUUUUAAUAUCCCCGAGCCUGAUGGACGUACUAUAUCACCAGUGUUAGCAGGAUUUUAUAUGUUUUGGACCAUGAUCAUUUUGUUACAGGUCCUGAUUCCCAUUUCUCUCUAUGUUUCCAUUGAAAUUGUGAAGCUUGGGCAAAUAUAUUUCAUUCAAAGUGAUGUGGAUUUCUACAGCGAGAAAAUGGAUUCUACUGUUCAGUGCCGAGCCCUGAAUAUCACCGAGGAUCUUGGACAGAUUCAGUACCUAUUUUCCGAUAAGACAGGAACUCUCACUGAGAAUAAGAUGGUUUUUCGAAGAUGUAGUGUGGCAGGAUUUGAUUAUUGCCAUGAAGAAAAUGCAAAGAGGUUAGAGUCCUAUCAGGAAGCUGUCUCUGAAGAUGAAGAUUUUAUAGACACUCUCAAUGGCUCCCUCAGCAAUAUGGCAAAACCGAGAGCCCACAGCUGCAGGACCGUUCACAAUGGGCCUUUGGGAAGAAAGCCCUCAAAUCAUCUUGCUGGGAGUUCUUCUGCUCCAGGAAGUGGAGAAGGAGCCAGUGAAGUGCCUCAUUCCAGACAGGCUGCCUUCAGUAGCCCCAUUGAAACAGAUGUGGUACCAGACACCAGGCUUUUGAACAAAUUCAGUAAGAUUAUGCCUCAGCUCUUUACUCCACUAGAUGAGACCAUCCAAAAUCCACAACUGGAGAUUUUGUACAUCAUCGACUUCUUUAUUGCAUUGGCAAUUUGCAACACAGUAGUGGUUUCUGCUCCUAACCAACCACGACAAAAGAUCAGACUCUCUUCGCUGAGUGGAAUUCCCAUUAAGUCCUUAGAGGAGAUUAGAAACCUCUUCCAGAGACUGUCUGUCCGAAGAUCGAGUUCACCAUCCCUUGCCAGUGGAAAAGAGCCAUCUGCUGGAGUUCCAAAUGCCUUUGUGAGGACUCUCUCUCUCUUUAGUCGAAUGAAACUGGCUUCACCUGUUGAGAAAGAGAUCUCCCAGAUGAGUGAGAGCCCACUGGGCUCCAGUAACUCAACUUGCCAUGCAGAAAUAGAGAAACAAAGCGGUGAUGCAGGCUUUGCAAAUGGCAAGGUGGAAUCCCGCCCUGGCCAACCCUUGGUCUCCAACCUGUGUUAUGAGGCUGAAAGCCCAGAUGAAGCGGCCUUAGUGUACGCUGCCAGGGCCUACCAAUGCACUUUACAGUCCCGGACACCAGAGCAGGUCAUGGUGGACUUCGCUGCUCUGGGACCAUUAACAUUUCAACUCCUGCACAUCCUGCCCUUCGACUCAGUAAGAAAAAGAAUGUCCGUUGUUGUCCGGCACCCGCUUUCCAAUCAAGUGGUGGUGUAUACGAAGGGUGCUGACUCUGUAAUCAUGGAGCUGCUCUCAGUGGCUUCCCCAGAGGGAGCAAGUCUGGAAAAGCAACAGGUGAUAAUAAGAGAGAAAACCCAGAAACACUUGGACGACUAUGCCAAACGAGGCUUACGCACUUUAUGUAUAGCAAAGAAGGUCAUGAGUGACACUGAAUAUGCUGAGUGGCUGAGGAAUCAUUUUUUAGCUGAAACCAGCAUUGACAACAGAGAAGAAUUACUUCUUGAAUCUGCCAUGAGGUUGGAGAACAAACUAACAUUACUUGGCGCCACUGGCAUUGAAGACCGUCUGCAGGAGGGAGUCCCUGAGUCUAUAGAAGCCCUUCACAAAGCCGGCAUCAAGAUCUGGAUGCUGACAGGGGACAAGCAGGAGACAGCUGUCAACAUAGCUUAUGCAUGCAAACUCCUGGAGCCAGAUGACAAGCUCUUUAUUCUCAAUACCCAAAGUAAAGAUGCCUGUGACAUACUCAUGAACACAAUUUUGAAAGAACUUCAGAAGAAAAAUCAAGCCUCUCCAGCGCAAAAAUCAUUAAAUGGGGGUUCGCUUCAGCCUCCUGUCCCCCAGGACACAGAGCUACGUGCUGGACUCAUUAUCACGGGGAAGACUCUCGAAUUUGCCCUGCAAGAGAGUCUACAAAGACAGUUCCUGGAGCUGACGUCUUGGUGUCGAGCUGUGGUCUGCUGCCGAGCCACACCCCUGCAGAAGAGUGAGGUGGUGAAAUUGGUCCGCAGCCAUCUCCGGGUGACGACCCUGGCCAUUGGUGACGGUGCCAAUGAUGUUAGCAUGAUACAAGUGGCAGACAUUGGGAUAGGGGUCUCAGGUCAAGAAGGCAUGCAGGCUGUGAUGGCCAGUGAUUUUGCCAUUUCUCAGUUCAAACAUCUCAGCAAACUGCUUCUUGUCCAUGGGCACUGGUGUUACACGCGACUUUCCAACAUGAUUCUCUAUUUUUUCUACAAGAAUGUGGCCUAUGUGAACCUCCUUUUCUGGUACCAGUUCUUUUGUGGGUUUUCAGGAACAUCCAUGACGGACUAUUGGGUUUUGAUCUUCUUCAACCUCCUCUUCACAUCUGCCCCUCCCAUCAUAUAUGGUGUUUUGGAAAAAGAUGUGUCUGCAGACACCCUCAUGCAACUGCCUGAACUUUACAGGAGUGGUCAGAAAUCAGAGGCAUACUUACCCCUCACCUUCUGGAUCACCUUGUUGGAUGCCUUUUAUCAAAGCCUGGUGUGCUUCUUUGUGCCUUACUUUACCUACCAGGGCUCAGACAUUGACAUCUUUGCAUUUGGAAACCCCCUGAACACAGCUGCUCUGUUCAUUAUUCUCCUCCAUCUGGUCAUCGAAAGCAAGAGUUUGACUUGGAUCCACAUGCUGGUCAUAGUUGGUAGCAUCUUGUCUUAUUUUUUCUUUGCCUUGGCUUUUGGAGCCAUGUGUGUGACUUGCAACCCACCGUCUAACCCCUACAGGAUUAUGCAGGAGCACAUGCUGGAUCCAGUGUUCUACUUAGUUUGUAUCCUCACAACCUGCAUUGCUCUUCUACCCAGGUUUAUAUUUCGAGUUCUUCAGGGAUCCCUGUUUCCAUCUCUAAUUCUGAGAGCUAAGCACUUUGACAGACUAACUCCAGAGGAGAGGACUGAAGCUCUCAAGAAAUGGAGAGGGUCUGGAAAAAUGAAUCAAGCGACAUCUAAGUAUGCUGACCGAUCAGCUGGCAAGUCAGGAAGAAGACCUAUGUCUGGCCCUUCUGCUGUCUUUGCAAUGAAGUCAAUAACUUCUUGUGCUGUUCAGCAAGGAAACCUAUCUGUAUGUGAAACUGCUUUAGACCUAGGCUACGCUAAGGUCUCAAAGAUAGCUUGACCCUCUAAAGGUUAAGAAAGCAGGGUACCGUCCUUGGAGUUGCAGCUAUUCUUUCAAAUUUGGAAGAGGGAUUUUGAAGAAGCACCUCAACCAAGCAAGAAUAACUUGUAUUUUCCCAUAAGGGACAUGAGUAUUUUACUGGGCUUGAAGAAGACAAUGUGAAGACAAUUAUUGUAUGUUUGUAUAUACAUUUGUAAAAGAGGGAUAGAGUUUGACCUGGACAGACUUUAGGAAAGUGAAAUAUUUAAUUUGGAAUCAAGUGCUUUUAUGAAACUUUUUGGAUUUCGUAAAAGCAUGUUAACUGUCUUAGAAAUGCGAACAUUUUUAAGGGUGUUCAUUUGAGAGAUAUUUAUUUUAUUGAGAGAUCUCAUAUUCUUCUUGGAAAAUGCUUUAAAUGUGCAGGCUCCAAUCUGACUUUUUUUUUUUUCAAUAAAAAAGUAGUUUUUAGAUUGAUUAGUUAGGACUCAGUAGAAAUUUCCAUAUUUACAAAUAAAUUCCCAAGAGCCUUUUAAACAACAAUGUACCUGAAAUAGGGUAAUAAUUGUACUGUUUAAAAUAUAGUUAGUGUUAUUAAUAGCUUUUUAUUUUCUAUGGCAAUCUGCCUUUGGUCUUCUGACUGAAGAUGUUAGACAUACCUCUCUGCUCAGUUCAGUGUUUUCCUGAGGUGGGGCUUUUUCUUAGUUCAUUUUCUGUUGCUAUAACAGAAUACCACAAACUGAGUGAUUUAUAAAGAAAAGAAACUUAUUUCUUACAGUUCUGGAGGCUGGGAAGUCCAAGAACAUGAUGCUGGCAUCUGGUGAGGGUCUUGUUACUGCAUCAUAACACAGUGGAGGCCAAGAGCAUGCAUGUCAGCUCAGGUCUCUCUUCCUCUUCUUAUAAAGCUACCGGUCCCAUCAUGGGGGCCCCACCCUGAAAAUCUUAUCUAAUUUAAUUGCCUCCAAAAGGCGCCACCUCCAAUCAACAUAUAAAUUUAGAGAUUUCAACACAUGAAAUUUAGGGGGCACAUUUAAACUACAAUAAACCUUCAUUGGGAAGGGGCAGGAGGGACACUAGGGUUCCAUCAGGUAACAGGAAUGUGUUCCUCUUUCUUAGCUUCUGGUCAAGAGAAGACCUUUCAUGAGGUCUGCCUCUAUGCAGAUGUUAUCAAUUAGAAAGGCCACAGGUCAUGCAGACAGAAUCAGCAGAGCCUACAGCCCAUUUGGCAAUUCCCUGUAUUCUAAAACUGAAAAUAGCGUGAUCAAAAUGAGACAAUCAAUUUAAAAAAAAUCUUCUAAAUACUACUUGAGGGUUCAUAGAUUUUAUAAUACCCUAUAAUUUUUCUGGUGUAGCCUCUACAAAAUGAGAUGUGAAUUGAGACUAAUACACGUCGUUCUCAGAAGGUUUCCAUGAGGUUCUUAGGUAAAUCUGUUUUUUAAUACACUUUAAAACAGGAAUGUCUAUGUAAAGUUUGCUGCUGUUGCAAAUCAUGUAUGCUGGCUUUCACUGGAACCAGCAAACUAACUUAAACCAAGAAAGGCCAGGUGCUAUUAUAAAAUUGUGUAUUCCUGUUGAAAUUCUUUUAAAACUCUAUCUCUAUUCAACUGAAAGUUGUCAGCCACCAGUCACCCAGAAUGUCCUUCAUGAAUCUCCACACUAAUGUUCAAUGUCUACAUCAAGGUCUUCUUAAUGACUAUUAAACUAUUAUUCUCAGAGCUUAAUCUUCAUCCUGCUGCCUACUAUUCUAGUCUGACAUUUUUUAUAGCCUUCUGAUAUUAUUGCAAAUACUCUUUUACGUAGACCGAUUUCUAGAACUUUCAAAAUCCCACAUGACAAAUGGAAGUUGCUUUCUGCUUCCUUAUGAUUUUUUUUAAAUAAACUUUAAUAAAUAAUGUGUACUGAAAAAUUGUCAUCACUCCUAUUGACACUCAUUGAUUCCAACUGUAAUUAGUACCAGAACCUAGAAGGAAAGUCCAAAAGCACACCUUACCAGAAUAUAGUUUUGGCCUUUUUUUACAUGCAAGUAUCACUGAUGUCAUAUAAUUUGUUAUCCUCAUAGC